AUGGGGUACAUAUCGUACACCCGUACCGGCAGAGGGGAAGGACUGUUCGCCAAAAGUGGGCUUGAAUCACCGCUCAAGUACAACUUCAUGAUCUCUAAUGUAAUUAGCUGCAAGGUUGCUACUCCACGCCCCGAUCCUCCUGUAGUGGGGAAGGUAAAUCACCACAGCAUUGAGUUGUAUUGGGAUAUCAAUAACUCCUAUCAAAGAAGCGGCCCUGCCACCAAAUGGUUUAAAUUUUCCAUAGAAGAAGAAGAUCUGAAGACUCAUGUUUACGGCACAAUCUAUUCGGGAUAUUCCCGGAAACAUGUUGUGGAAGGAUUGGAACCUAUCACCACCUACAGAUUCAGACUGAAAGUUACAACAUACGAUGGUGAAUGGGCAUACAGUCCACUGGUCUCCGUCUCCACUACAAGAGAACCAAUGAAUGGAGAACAUCUUCAUAGAGCUGUCAAUAUGAAUGAUGAAGAAGCUGUCAUGAACAUACUGCAGAGCGGGCAAGUGAAAGUGGAUAUUCCUGAUAAGCUGAGCUUCACUCCCCUUAUGGUGGCUGCACAGAAAGGAUAUCUCGGACUGGUAAAGUUACUGGUUGAAUAUGGAGCAGAUGUACCCCGGGAAAACGGAAGUGGAAAGAACAGUAUGAUGCUGGCCUGCUUCUCCGGCCAUCUGGAUGUUGGGAAGUAUCUAAAGGAACAAGGAGCAUCAUGGGAGAACCAGGAUAAGAGUGGCUGCACUGCCAUGCACUGGGCGGUUGAUGGUGGUCAUGUGAAGGUCGUUCAGUGGAUGAUUAAACAUGGCUCUGAGGUGGAUGCCAGAGACAGGCGUUUACGCUGGACUCCACUGAUGAGAGUUUGUGCUGUAACUGGAAACGUAGAUGUUGCGCGUUGUUUGAUCAGCGCAGGAGCUGAAGUCAAUGCCAAGGACCGAGAUGGCAAGUCCCCCUUGAUGGUUGCAGCAUUAAAUAACCAUGAAGACUUGGUGCGCUUACUAAUAGAGAGUGGAGCAGACUGCAGCAUCACAAAUGAGUACGGAAUAAGCAUCGCAGAAAUGGCUAAAGCUUUUAACAGACAGAACGUGGCGUUCAUAUUAGAGAAGAACAAGGAAGAGAGACGUCUGUCUAUUCGCUGAGCCCUCUCCUGUAAUCACAUAUUGUACCGGCGACGCUGGCUUCACACGGCUCAUCUUCUACUUUCCCAAAAUGGCAUUUUUUUGUAUUUUACAAUAGUUCAAACACCCCAAACCAUAUGACUUAUUGUGCCUAUAUCCAAGCGUAUUACGUUGCCUGACCUACCUGCAGUACUGAAUCCUUUUCAUUGUAAUAUAUCAAAGGAAACUGGCAGGAAUAGAUAUAUGCACAGUGCCGUGUAAAAAUGUGUUUACCCUCUUUCCCGAUUUAGCUGUUUUUGAUGUGCUUGGAACGGACAGAAACAUUUGAUCAAAUGUACUUGUCAGAAAUGUAGAGAAUUGAAGCGGGAGCACACUUUUCACAUCAUUAUGUUUUAUGUUAACAGAAGGAUAUUUCUAGUGUCGUCAUUUAUAGGAACACUGUGCCUGAGCUAAUAACAGAUUCA